AUGGCGACGCCGAACAACCUGACUCCCACCAAGUGUAGCUGGUGGCCCAUUUCGGCACUGGAGAGUGAUGCAGGGAAGGCUCCGGAGGCCUCGGAGGGCCAGGAGGCAGCUGACCCCUCCCAGUGGGCCAAGGAGAGCCUGGUUCUCUACCACUGGACUCAGUCCUUCAGCUCCCAGAAGGUACGACUGGUGAUUGCAGAGAAGGGGCUACCCUGUGAUGAGCGGGAUGUCAGCCUGCCUCUGAGUGAGCCCAAGGAACCAUGGUUCAUGCGUCUGAACCUGGGCGAAGAGGUACCCGUCAUCAUUCACCGAGACAACAUCAUCAGUGAUUAUGACCAGAUCAUAGACUACGUGGAGCGCACCUUCACUGGAGGUACCAGAGGAUGGUGUCCAAAGGGAUACCCAGCCCUGCUUCUUUUUUUUCCCAUCCUAGAACAUGUGGCCCAGUUGAUACCUGAGGCUGGCAGCCUGCUUCAUGCCCGGGUACUGCAAUACCGUGAGCUGCUGGAUUCCCUCCCCAUGGACGCCUAUACCCACGGCUGCAUCCUCCAUCCCGAGCUCACCACUGAUUCCAUGAUCCCUAAGUAUGCCACAGCUGAGAUUCGAAGACACUUGGCGAAUGCCACCACUGACCUAAUGAAACUGGACCAUGAAGAAGAGCCUCAACUAUCAGAGCCCUACCUUUCCAAACAGAAGAAACUCAUGGCCAAGAUCCUGGAACAUGACAAUGUCAACUACCUGAAGAAAAUCUUGGGGGAACUGGCCAUGGUACUGGAUCAGAUUGAAGCUGAGCUGGAGAAGAGGAAACUGGAAUAUGAGGGGCAGAAAUGUGAGCUGUGGCUUUGUGGCUGUGUCUUCACACUGGCUGACGUCCUCCUGGGGGCCACCUUACACCGCCUCAAAUUCUUGGGACUGUCAAAAAAAUACUGGGAAGAUGGCAGCCGACCCAAUCUGCAGUCAUUCUUUGAGAGGGUCCAGAGACGCUUUGCCUUCCGGAAAGUCCUUGGGGACAUACAUACCACGCUACUUUCUGCUGUCAUCCCCAAUGCAUUCCGGCUGGUUAAGCGGAAACCACCAUCCUUCUUUGGAGCAUCCUUCCUUAUGGGUUCCCUGGGAGGGAUGGGAUACUUUGCUUAUUGGUACCUCAAGAAAAAAUACAUCUAG